ACAACUCCCUGGUCGUUAGACUAGAGUUUCGGGUCAUAAGUAGAGCUCACACAGUGUUUACUAACAAAAUACCCUGAAUAGAGUCAGUAGGGAGUUGUCCCUGGGUUUAGUGAGGUAUGGAAAUAUUGAAAACUCUAUUUGUAAUGGCUGUCGAUUCGGCCUUGUACUGUUCGAGCCGUUAUUCAAUGCACAGUACAAUCAUCAAACGAUAUCGAGAAAUGGUACACGGAUAUGCCUUCAAUUUCGACAUCGUCAUCAUCGCGGGGUGUUUUGAAUCUCCUUCCACCAUUUUUUUUAUCCAGAUUUUUUUUCUUUCUGUGUAUAAGUUUAUGAAAGUGACUAUGAACUACUGACAGUGAAGAUUACAGAAGAGAAGCCAGGAGCAAUAUUUACCACAAAAUUUCAAGUGCAACUGGUAAUAUCAAUGGAUCAAUCGCAAAGCAACGAUGUCCCCAUCUCUAACUGGAAGUGGGGUUACGCUAUCCUACUCUCCAAAUUCGUGAUCAAUAUUUGGGCUGGCAUCCCCAAAUCAUUCGGCGUUCUCCUUCCUGAGAUGGUUGAUAGAUUCAGCGCGAAUUACGCCACUUUAGGAUUCGUCUGUAGUAUUCCCGGUACAAUCACGCUCUUUUUAGGUCCCUUUGCUUCCUUGGUCCUCAAGCUCGUUGAUCAUCGUGUUGCUGCUAUGUCAGGAGCGGUAAUAAUCGGAGUGUGUCUAAUAUCAUGUGGCUUCACCUACAAUAUCACUGCUUUCGGUAUCCUUCUUGGACUUACAGGUGUCAGAUCUUUUGUAUAUUUACCAAUUACGCUCCAGUUGAACCAAUAUUUCAAGGAGAACUUCGUUUUGGUCAAUAUGCUAGCAUCCUUCGGUACAACAGUUGGUAUAAUGUUCCUACCUAUCAUUACUGAGCGGUCGCUGGAAGCUUACGAUUAUCAUGGAGCGUUUCUGAUACUUGGUGGAAUCGUGCUUCAUAUGGUUGCAGCGGCAGCCGCCAUUCGGAAACCGAUAUACAAGACCACAGGCCAUAUCACUGAACAGGCUGCUUGUGAUAGAGAUACAUCAGAGAUCGACUGUCAUGAACUUUGUGGCGAUAAGAAAUGUAGCUUAAAGAUUGAAGGAAGUAAACAAGUUCAAGGGACGACGAAAUGUGGAUCAAAUAGGGAUACGACUGAGCUUGUUGCAGAUGUUAGUUGGCAUCACACAGGAAACACUUGUACUACUGCGAAACAUUUCAAGGACCUAAACAAUGUAAAUGGAGGAAAACGGUGUCAAGAUGAUGGAGUGAUAUCAUAUGACGAUGACAUUAACCGAAAUGAGCAGGAAAAUAUUCCUUUGGCAGAUUAUGGAAGCUAUCCUGACAUACCCAAUAAAAAGCGCGACAGGUUGACUUCUACUGAUGCUAAUCAGGAUCAUGGUGACGGUUCUCAGAAUACAUUCUGCUCGCUAUUAAUAUCACGCUGUAAACUCUUCAUGACCAAUGAAAUGCUAUUCUUGAUAUGCAUCCCAUCGAUUUUCUUUUAUGUUUAUGGUUUCGACGCUUGGGUAUUGUUCCUGGUGCCUCACGCAGAAGACCUUGGAAUCAGUUCAUCUAAGGCCGUUUUCCUGUCUUCAAUUGGUGGAGUCGGUGGGCUAAUUGGCAGAUUAAUUGUUAUAUUUUUACUCUUUAAGAAAAUCGACAUGAUCAAAAUCUACAUCUUAGUCGGUUUUAUAAACAGUUUGACCUUUUUCUUGGAUUUCAUCGGUGAAUCGUUCCUCGUUCGUUCAGUCUGGGCAUUCAUUCAGGCAGUCUGCUUUUUCAUACAGGACACGUCUGGUGCAACGUAUCUGAAAUUAGUUUUGAGAGAUGAAAGCAACUUCAGUUUCGCCCUUGGGCUGAUAAUGCUUGCUCAAGGUUGUGGCAGUAUCUCUUCCGGAGUUUUCACAGGCAUCUUACUGGACUUCACUCAGUCCUACACCAAAGUCUUCAUGAUAACUGGAAUCAGUAGCGCAUGCUACACCGUCAACGUAAUAGUCAUAUUUAUACUCUUAAAAGGGAGAUUGGAUACAUAAAUGACGAAACCAGCAUCUCUGAUGGAAACACCAUAUCAGCUAAAAAAAAACAACGACUUAAUUAAUUUUACCAAGGGGCGCUUUUUAUUAAUUUUGAUAUCAGACAUUCUUAUCUAUGUAAAUAUGAAAGUUUGAAAAAUUACAAAAACCCCUCAAUAACGUUUAGCAUCUCGAGUUUGAGCGUAAUGUAUUUUUAUUACUACAUCAUCAUAUCGUAUCAUUUAAAGUAAUGAGUCGAAUGCUAAUGGAAUCAUAAAAUGAGAAGUUUAGAUAUUAUGCAGAAAUGAAAAAAAAGAAACGUUGCAUGAAUAAUACUAAUGUACUGAUCCGUGAGGUCCACGCGGGGUGAAUUCUCAUUCUUCAUAUUGACGGUUGUGCGUUAUUUAUCAGUAGUUCGUAAAGAGUAAAUUGUUAAACAAAUACCUCUUUGAUUCAACAUGUCUUUAUUAAGGAUUUCAUCCAAAAUGAAUUACAUCAACUCGAGGUAAAUCUCCAAACCUUCCUGUUCUGUAAACAACAGUCAACCAAUAUAUUUCAACAACCAAAUAAUAAUAAGGGAAUGAAAUGCCUUAAAAUGUACAUACUACGUGUAAGAGAACGAAACCACGCCCCGACCCUCUAUGUCGAUCUCAAAAUAUAUGAUGAUUAGUAUUCAUGAAUGAUUGCCGAGAACAUACUUCUAUACUGCGCGUCCCCAAAAAAUGUCCCUCUGACAUAGGACUAAAUUAAUUCUAAAAUGUGGUAGUACUCUCAAAUAAAUAUUCAUGAGUAGAAAGCUCAUUUCAUGAUCUAACUUCUAUGGAAAUUUAAUUGGUCGCGCUUCUGCGGUUUUGAAUACACACUCUGCUACGUAACAGUGGAGCAUUUUAGCUCAUUCCAAGUUUGCAUGCAUAUCUGCAUUGUCUAUGGCAUGUUAACCCCCAUUUUUACAUCCAGGAUCUGAGCAGGGAAAUUUCCCUAAUCCUAUCCAGGCUCAUCAAAUCAUAAACUUGGGCAUGUUCGGAAGGACAAGGAAAAAAAAAAAAAGUUUGUUUGAUGAUUGAUAAGGGGAAUCAGUGCACCAACUUGACAGAAAAUGGGAAUGAUUGAUGAGUGAAAUAAGCUGAAAAAUAAAGGGGAAUCCACAAGCUAAUCACCAUUUGUGAAAAGGAACUUUACCAGAGAAAAAUUUGACUUUUUCUUUUAAAAAGUUACAUUGAAAUAACUUGACCACAGUAGCUUAUUAACUAAAACAGUAAUAAAACAAAAAUGCAGUAUCAGGCAUGAAUUAGGCAUGAAUCAGACAUGACCCAUUGUCUUAAUCACUAUGCAUCUCCCAUUAUCAAACAGGAAAUGAACUGUCAAAUAUUGUUUUUGCCCUUCUGAACAUGCUCAACUUUGUGAUUUGAUGAGCGCCUGGUUAGAUCAUGGAGAUUUCCCUGGUCAGAUCAGGGAAUUCCUUGGUCAGAAUGGUCAAAGGGAGUUGAUAUGCUAGAAAGUGUAGAACACACAGUAGUGCUGCAUGAAUGCAAACUUGGAAUGGGCUGAAAAGCACCCGUAAUAGACUGUAUUCAAAACCACUGAAGCGAGACCAAUGAAUUUUUUUAUAGAAGUUAGAACAUGAGAUGGGCUUCCUAGUUCCAUACAUUUCAUUGAGAAUAAUUUUUAAUUUUUGGAAGUAAUUUAGCCGCAUAUCAGAGGGACAUUUUUUUGGGACGCGCUGUUUAAUUGCAUCGCCCCAUAUUUGAAUUUACUCCAACACCCCCCCCCCCCUGCCUAUAUAUCACCGGACCAAAAUAAUGCUGGUUGUGUGAUGCUAUUAUGAUACUGCAACAAAUAAUUAAACAAAUGGUCAAAAGAAUUUUAGUGAAGGUAACUUCUUCUUUCUUAUUUAUUUACAUACAACAGGUAACUAAGUGUUAAAGAAUAUUAAAUGAAUUAUCUUACAUAAUAUCUUAAAGAUUCGGCUAUGAGUAAUCCAAAAUUAUGAUAGUCCUAUAUAACAAUCAAAAUUGGCUGGCAAGGAGUUCCUUAAAUGAAAGUCCAAAAUGCUGGCGAUGAUGAAAUUGAUGUUGAAACCUGAUGAAUAAUAAGUCACUUUAACGAGUUGUUCAUGUCCGUGAAGACGAAGUUGAUGAUGAUAAACAGUCAGUUUCAGCAAUCCAUGGGUUGACAAAUGUUCUGUAAAACAGGAUGACGAUCUAUAUAAGAACUAAGAAUUCCUCUCUCAAAAUAACUACAAACAGUUUAUUGAUGGUGUGCAAAUAAUUCCACAGAAGAUGAAUUUAGUAUUCCAGUUGGAAAUAAACUAUGCUCUGACAUAAA